GCAACUCCAUACCUUGCCUGCUUUGUGCCAAACCUUUUCCACACUCACCAUCAUCCCAAAGCAACCUCUCUCUCUCUCUCUCUCUCUCUCUCUCUCUCAACUGCACGACUCUUCUUUCUUCAAGGAUAAAGAAAAGUCUCCCGGUGGUCCAGUUCGGUCAUGGCUAACGACGGAUCGGCACCGUCGCCAAAACCCUUCAAGUGGCUCAACAAGGGCCUCAGGCUAACCUUCCCACGACGGAGUUCUCACUCCAAGUCAUCGUCCUCCAACUUGAGCACUCCUUCUUCUCCAACCUCCACUCUCCCCGCUCCAAACCUCAAACGUGCCACCUCCACCAACAGAGACCACGAGCUCCAAGAAGUCUUCCGCCGCUUUGACACCGACGGGGAUGGAAAAAUCUCCGCCCUCGAGCUCCGGGCAUACUUUGCGUCCGUCGGCGAGUACAUGUCCCACGAGGAGGCCCAGACCAUCAUCGGCGAACUCGACACCGACGGCGACUGCUUGAUCGACUUCGGCGACUUCUUGAAGCUGAUGAAGAUGGACGGCGACGACGACCUGAGGCGGGCCUUCGAGAUGUUCGAGGACGAGAAGGGGUCCGGGAGCAUCACCCCCAAAGGGUUGCAGAUGAUGCUCCGUCGCUUAGGGGACGCGAAGUCGUACGAGGAGUGCGAGGACAUGAUAAGGGUUUACGACAUUGAUGGGAAUGGAGUACUUGAUUUUCAGGAGUUCCACCAGAUGAUGGCUUAGCUUUGGAGGGAAGUAACAUGAUGAAGCGUGGUCUUGUCUUUGAAAUGAAACAAAAGCAAAAAAGAAAA